GUAAAAUAUUCCGUUAAAACAAGGAAAUAAAUAAAUAUUUGUUAAUGUCUACCUAACAGAAAAAUGUCGAUUUUUUUAUCGUUGAGAUAAAAAUAUUGCCGAAGCUUGAGGCCUUGAUUUUGAAACUUGGUGCAGAAUGCUGAUAAAAGAGAUAAUUGGGUAGGAGGAUUUCAUAUCUUGUCAUGUAUGUACGUGUCUUAAGAUAAAACUCCCUAUCUAAAAUAAAAUAUACUUCUUGUGAAUUACAGUAACAAGUAGAUUUGUAUUACUCGUACUUAAGGUGUUUUGUUUGAAAAAAAAAUGACUGCAAAAAUAACUUCCUUUGAUACGAAACAAUUGACUAUUCAGGAAUAUAAAAUUGUGUUUGAAAUAGCAUUCAACUCUGAGAAAUACCAAAAACUCCAAACACCCGGAUUUUUUCCUUUAUCCGAUGUUGAUGUCAAGUUUUGUUUCGAAAUACUCUACCAAAGCAUUAAAGUACCAACAGUAAAUGAAGAAGAAUAUGUCUUAUUUAAAUUAGCUUUGAUCAAACUCUUUGGCUCUGGGCUAACAUCGUCGCUGAAUAUGGAUAUUGACGUCUCUGUAACAUAUUCUGAUGGUUCUCUUUUUCAAAAAUGGGAAACUUUGCCUUCUGUUAAUGCGCAGAGAAUGGACAUCAUCAGUUUCAAGGAUGUAGUUUUUCCACUGACUGAUUUAAACUUGUUCGGAAAGUCUAUGAAAUCCGAGCAUUUCCAAAAGAUGCUUGGUAAAUGUUUGACAGUGAAAUGCAACUUAAAGUUCUAUGAUUAUGUCACUCCUUUGGGAUUAUAUCAACAGGAGUCACAAUCCCUUGACAAUUUGAGGCAAUUUAAUCGUGAAUCCAGUCACGUGUAUCGAUCAUUUUUUACUAGUGACAUUGUUUUUCAAAUUGGCGACAAAACUAUACCUGCCCAUAAAUCCAUUCUUAUUGCUCACUCGCCAAUUUUUUUGAAAAUGGCGACUAAUGGUACUUUGGAGUCCUUAAACAACUGCAUUUUAAUUAGUGAUGUACCUUACGAUGUAUUCGAUUGCUUUUUGAAAUAUCUGUAUUCAGGCGAAAUUGAAGACAAAUCUUUUCCCACAGUGACAGAACUUUAUACUUUGGCGAGUAAAUAUGAAAUUCAAACAUUGAAAAGAGAAUGUUCUGGCAUUGUCGUUUCUUAUUUGAAUCUGGAUCGAGUGUGUGAAAUUCUAAAGUUGGCGUAUAUUAAUGGUGAUGAAAGUCUAAAGAGGAAAUCUAAAGAAUUUGCUGCCAAUCACAUCCAGGAUUUGAUAUCUAAAGAUGAAUGGAAAGAAUUAAUUGCUUCUGAUCUUGCAAUUGGAUAUGAAGUUACAGUUAAUUGUAUUCUUAAAGGUGAAUGAACAGUAGUUAUUGCAUCGCAGAAAAGAAAAAAAAAUUGUAAUUCGAGUUUAAGUUCCUUCUACAUCCUGAAUCUGCCUUCUUUAAUUUAGGAAUCUCUAUUUUUGCUGCAAUCGAUUUUAUUGCAACUGAAAACAUUCAACUGAUCAUGGCUGCUAUCAUCACGACCACAAACGAAGAGCAUCUUCUGUGCCAAGAAUACUACGGCUAUUGGAAAAUAACCAACCUUUUAGCUCUAAAUGGCAAGAAAUUUCUGACCCCUGAAUUUUCGCCAAUCCCUCUCUUAAAUGUUAAAUUCCGCUUUGAACUUAAUUACAAGCUCAUUAGAUGCCCUUAUUGUAAUGCUAGCAUUUCCAUUUUCUCGCCAAUAUUGGAAAAAGUGCAUAGCUCUGAUGUGCCUGGAAAUAUGAAAUUAUUGGUAGACAUGAAAAUAAACUAUGAAGAUGCAACUCUUUUUAAAAAAUACGAGGGUGUUUCUGUCACUGUAAAAGAUGUUGAUUACUUGUAUUUCGGCGAUGAGAUAACGUAUGGUGGGACCGGGCAGACCCACAAACACACUGAACAAAUGAAUAAAUGCGACUCUCUGGAAUUGAAAUGUCGUAUGAAGUUUUUUGAUCACCUUUGUGCGAUGCCCAUAAAUGGUGGCCUCUAUUUUAUGAAACUUGAUUAACUUUUCUGAACAGCUGAGGAACGAUGGGAUUUACUUAUUUCCUAUCUUUACUAUUAUUACGAUGCCAAUAAAUGGUGAUCUCUAUUUUAUGAAACUUGAUUAAAUCUUCUGAACAGCCGUGGAACGAUGUGAUUUACUUAUUUCUCAUCUUUACUAUUAUUACGAUGCUAAUAAAUGGUGGCCUCUAUUUUAUGAAACUUGAUUAAAUCUUCUGAACAGCCGUGGAACAAUGUGAUUUACUUAUUUCCUAUCUUUACUAUUAUUACGAUGCCAAUAAAUGGUGGCCUCUACUUUAUGAUACUUGAUUAACUUUUCUGAACAGCCGAGGAACGAUGUGAUUUACUUAUUUCUUAUCCUUAUUAUUAUUACGAUGCCAAGAAAUGAGGGCCUCUAUUUUAUGAUACUUGAUUAACUUUUCUGAACAGCCGAGGAACAAUGUGAUUUACUUAUUUCCUAUCUUUACUAUUAUUACGAUGCCAAUAAAUGGUGGCCUCUAUUUUAUGAAACUUAAUUAACUCUUCUGAAUAGCCGAGGAACGAUGUGAUUUACUUAUUUCUUAUCCUUAUUAUUAUUACGAUGCCAAUAAAUGGGGGCCUCUAUUUUAUGAAACUUAAUUAACUCUUCUGAACAGCCGAGGAACGAUCUGAUUCACUUAUUUCUUCUGAACAUAUCUGUUAAAUGUGAUUAAUUCUUUUGAACACGUAUUAAUUUUGAUUAAUUCUUCUGAAUACACUACUGUUAAAUGUGAGUAUUUUUCUAAAAACACCAGAUUAACUUUUUUGGGAAAAUGUUUGAUUUUGUUUAUCGCUUGAUUUAAUCGCUUGAUUUGAAGUAUCGAAGAAAGUUUUGCUAUUAUUUUUGCUGUAUAGCAAUAAAAAGUUUGUAAUUCUUUUUGAGAAAUUUUAUAAACUCUUCUGAUCAGGGGAAAUAUCGUGGUUUAAUUAGUUCUUUUGAGCACCGUGGCAAAAUAUGAUUAAUUUUUCUAAAAACAUCUGUUAAUUUGAUUCAUUUUUCUCAGCAUGCUAUUUUGUUAUAUUCUUCUGAGCCUAUCUGUUAAAUUUGGUUAAUUCUGAAUACGCUUUAAUUUUGAUUAACUCUUCUGAACUCUUCCGUUAAAUUUGAUUAGCUUUUUGUGAAAACAUUUGUUCUAUUUUAUUUACCUUUGGAUUUGAAAUGCCAUAUUAAAUUUUUUGUUUAUUUUUAUAGCAAUAAUUUGUUGCCUUUAUAGCAAUAAAAUGUGCGAUAUCUAUUUUCUGAAAUGUUACAAAUUUCUCUGAAAAUUCGCAUUGUGGUACAAUUCUUCUGAACACUUUUGUUAAAUAUGAUUUAUUUUUUAUACACAAGUUAAUUUUAAUGUAUCCUUUUAAACACUUUUGCUAAAUGUUAUUAUGUGAAAAUAUAUGUUAAACACUUCGAUUAAAUAUCUCUGAAUUUAAUUAAUUCUAGUGUUAUCACAGUAAA